GAAUCAUCGAGCCUUUCCGAAUAUCCGAGUAUCCGAAUAUCAUGCAAAUCUCGCCACAUAUUUUGUGCGCAGCUGCCACGCUGCUGCUCUGCGGAGUUGCCUGCGAACUGCAACAUUGCGUGUCGAGCGAGAAUCCAAAGAACGAGAAAUUCAUAUUGGAUGAGAGCUCGUGGGAGCUGAUGCUGCAGGGCGAGUGGAUGAUCGGCUUCUGCGUGCCGCUGAUAAUGACCUGCAUUAAGUUUGAACGCGUGUGGAGCAAGUUUGCCAGAGAGAAGCAGCUGGAAAAGAGCGACAUGAUUGUCGCCAGCAUGAAGCUGGAAUAUUCGGAAACAGUGAUUAGGCGCUUUUCGUUGCAUGAGUUGCCCACAAUUUUGCAUGUUAAAGAUGGUGUAUUCCGCAAGCUGCCGAUUGUCCACAGCGUCGACGAGCUGAGGGAGCUGGCGGAAACAAGAUGGCAGGAAACAGACCCAAUGCCCUUCUGGCAGCAUCCAAAUGGCCUACUCAUACAAGCCUACAUUCGCUACAUACAAGCAAUAGAUCAGGUCUACCAACUACCUUGGCUGAACACUGACUACGAGCAUGCCACUUGGCUGGUGCGGAUCGGGCUGGCUCUAAGCGUCGCCGUAGCCUUGACAAUCGGCUGCGGAAUUUACAACUGUAUAUACGAAAGACGACAACCGCCAAAACGUGCCAAGAAAAAGAAGGUAUUGAAACAAGUUAAGGAUCUAUCUGCCGGCAAGCAGGAGGUGAUCAUUGAGAAAUUUGUAUUAGAAUAAUUCUUCCUUUUUGUUGCGUAGCCAUUGUAUUUAAAUAGCUGCGAUAUCAUUUCGAGCACCUCACCGUAGGACCAAAAUCGCCAACAUCUAAAUGUUAUUUGUUUAAUCCGUAUUUAUGAUUUUUUCUUUCGUCAUCGUGAAACCUCCGGCGCCGGGUGUUCUUUGUGUUGAAAAUAUAAAACUAAAUAAACUAA